AUGCAUGCAAUAAGGAGCUACAGUAGCGUCGUCGCCAGAGGUCGCGGAGGAAGAGGGGCCGGCGGCCGCGGGAGGCCACCCGACCAUCGCAUCGGAUCACCUUCUGUUGAAGAGUGGAAGGAAAUCAAGGAAGAAAAUGGUACUCCCCCUGAGGUUCGUCCCAAUAAAGUGGACGCUCCAUACAAGGACUGGAUGGAGUACUAUGACAUACAGUUUCGUCUCGUUCGGGAAGACUUCAUUGCACCUCUGCGACGUGGUGUGGCUGCCUUCCUACAGGAGACAAGGGAAAGAAUCCAGAUGUUAAACCUACAGCGGAGUCCACGAUUGUGUCUCAAGUGA